AUGACGCCAGUUGCUGUGGUUUCCCUUCCCGCUUCUUCCUGCUUUGCUUCCCCAAACCCAGCUCUGUCUAUGCCCUCUGCAGAUGAGCGUCUUCGCUUGGUUGAGUUCCUUAUCCACUCUGCUCAACAACUGGAAGUCGCUCCCAUUGUCAAAUACUCGGCAUUGUCAUUGUUCGUUGAUCGGUUCUUUAUUUCUUUGCGCAGUUUCAUGGAAGCUGGUAACACCAGAAGCUGGCUCUUGCGUCCUGUGACAGAGAGCAAUUUGCAGUUAUUUGGGCUGAUUUCUGUGUGGAUUUCAAGCAAAACACAUGAUUCUCAUCCGCUUUCUGUGAGAUGUUUGAAGUCCUUGGCUAACAAUAUCAUCAAGGACCAACACUUUGCCACUCGAGAUUUCCUCGAAGCAGAGGUGCUCUUCAUGCAGGUGUUGAACUUUGAGAUUGGCACAACAAAUAUUGCAUUUUUGUUCCUUGAAGAGCUGUGGGUGCAGAUCAAGAGAGUGGCCAAAGUUGGUGAUCUCAUCAACUUCGAAGCAUGUAUGGAAAUUAUGGAUCUUCUCUAUGAAAAGAAGAAGACAUCAUUUCUUUACAAGUCUCCUUGCUCUCUCGCGGCAUCAAUCUUGGUUGCGUCUUAUUUGAUCACAGUCCCAAAGCAGAAGUGGGAGUUUCCACUUCUUCCAUGGGUGAAGUUUGUAACUUCGUAUACAGAAGAGGAGAUCAUAAAAAUUGUGAGGGACAUUCUCAAGCAUGUACUCGAUCCUUCCUCUGACCUACAAGGAUUUACAUUGUAGAUGUAAGCAACUAGAAUAAUUAGCCCACCCGA